AUGGCGGCGGGGAGUCAAAUGCAUAACAUGACAACCCUCAUCAAGAGGCUUGAGGCAGCAACCUCUCGCCUUGAGGAUAUGGCAAUGUCGUUCGAGGGCGCAAGCCCCUCGAGCCACACGAGCCUUGCAACUCCUGUGCAGCCACCAGCCCUAGAGCCUCCCAAACAGGCCCCUUCACCGCCAGCGCCAACACCUGAACCGGAUCCACAACAAAUCGAGGACUUUGAUGCGCUCAUCAAAAGCGAUGUCCAGGCAUUUGUUGACCUUGGAAAGGAAAUUGGCGGCCUAGUCGGAGAACAGUCCGAGGCAGUUCUUCAAGCAUUCCAGGCAGAGCGUACCUUUAUUCUCGUCACCACCAAGGCAAAAAAACCAGACCCAUUCAACCCAGAACUCAUGACCGAGCUCCACAAAGCAUCCGAUACGAUCAACAAUAUCCGCGAGUCUAACCGGGUUUCACCGUAUUUCAACCAUUUGAGCGCCGUUGCCGAAGGCAUUGUUGCGCUGGGCUGGUUUUUCGAGAUGAAACCCGCAACCUUUGUCAACGACAUGUUAGGCGGAAUUCAAUACUAUGGAAACAAGGUUUUGAAAGAGUACAAAGAAAAAGAUCCACAACAUGUCCAGUACAUACAAGCAUAUUACAAGGUUUUCCGGUCACUUGCCUCGUUCUUGAAUAACCACUAUCAAAGAGGCCUGACCUGGAACAACCAGAGCGACAUCUCUGCUCUGGAUGCAUUGAAACAGAUUCAAUCAGGUGCAUCUCAAUCAGCGGUUGCUCCCGCACCGGCUGCCGGUGCACCACCGCCGCCGCCUCCACCUCCACCGCCUCCACCACCGCCAGCUGAUUUAGGUGCCCCUUCCUCUGGCGCAAAAGAAGGAGGGGACAUGUCUGCAGUGUUUGCUGAAUUGAACCAGGGUGAUGCCAUCACAUCGGGUCUCCGCAAGGUAGACAAAUCUCAGAUGACACACAAGAACCCCAGUCUUCGAGCAAGCUCUACAGUUCCAGAGCGAUCCGACUCCCAAAGUAGUCUCGGAUCGCCUAUCAGUAGGGCUAAAUCACCUGCACCGGGCAAGAAGCCCAAGCCCGAGAGCAUGCGUGCCAAGAAACCUCCCCGAAAGGAUCUGGAGGGCAGCAAAUGGUAUAUUGAGCACUUCGACAACGCCUCUGAUAUAAUCGAAAUACCCGCGCAACAGAACCAAUCUAUUCUCAUCUCCCGCUGCAACAAGGCAAUCGUCAAAGUGACUGGAAAAGCAAACGCGAUCUCGAUCGAUAACUGCACUGGACUCUCAAUCAUCGUCGAGUCCCUGGUCAGCAGUUUGGAGGUGAUCAAAUCCGCAAAGUUUGCGCUGGAAGUCGGUGGCGUUGUCCCGACUUUACUUCUGGAUCAGGUAGAUGGCGCAACCGUCUAUCUUUCACCGGAAAGUAUCAAUCUGGAGGUCUUUAGCAGUAAGACAAUGGGUGUCAACAUCUUGCUACCGCCGAAGGACGAAGGGGACGACACCAUUGAAUGCCCAGUUCCAGAACAGAUCAAGAGCUAUGUCAAGGACGGCGUGCUUGUCAAUGAGAUUGUUGAACAUGCUGGUUAG